ACGGUUCCCGCGGUGAGCGCCAGCUACGCGACCUUCGAGGCCACCAAGCGCCUGGGCAGAGGUUGGGCCCCGCUGGGGGGCGAGCAGCUGGGUCCGUGCGCGGCAAGCCUCUGGCUGAGCGAGCUGUGCGGCAGAGUUUGGCCCCAGUCCAGCGCCAACCGAUUUUCCAUGCAGUAG